CCUCUCCUUCCUUCCACCUUCUCCUCCUCCUCCUCCUCCUCUUCCCCACCCCCUUUCCUUGUCUCCUCCGGCUCGCCCAUCGGCGCUCCGCGGAAGGGAUUUAAUUCUCAGGACUCUCCCAGAAGCGCCAACCUCGCUCCCGUUGCCGAUUUGCCUGUUUGGGUGUUGUUGUUUUUAAUUAUUAUUUAAUUUUAUUAAGCUGGCUGCCUGCCUCUCUUUCUCUCUCCCCCUUUCCCCCUCUGUCGCCUCGGACGUUCAGCCGUCUCCUCUGCGGAUGCGAAAAGAGCUGCUUGGUGCCAAGGGACACAGAAGCAUGGUUCAUUCCUAGGGCCUGGCUGUCCUCCCAGGAACUUUCUGAGAAUGCUCCUGAUUUUUCUCCCUCCUGCUCUCCUCUUCUUGGUGACAUCGGCUGCUUCCUUCCCAAAGGACUUGACUCCGCUCAGCACUGUCAGUUUGGCAGGCAGCGCUCGGUACCCUUACUUCCGAGGCCUUGCAGGGGAUAAUGACACAGCCCAGCUGGGCUUGGAUUUCCAGAGCAUGCUGCAGCUCAAUCACACCCUGUUCAUCGCAGCCCGGGACCAUGUCUAUGCCUUUGAUCUCCGAUGGUCCAAGGAUGACUUCUCUUUGAACAGGCAUCUCACGUGGAAAACCCAAGACAUGGAGAACUGUGCCAUGAGAGGGAAACUCCAGAGUGAAUGUUACAACUACAUCAAAGUCUUGGUUCCAAAGAAUGACCAAACCGUCUUGGCUUGUGGGACGAAUGCCUUCAACCCUGUGUGUCGCACCUACAAGAUCAGCACUUUGGAACAGGAAGGGGAGGAGCUGAUCGGUCAGGCACGCUGUCCCUUUGAUGCAAAACAGACCAAUGUCGCUCUUUUUGCAGAAGGCAAUCUGUACUCGGCCACCGUGGCAGACUUCCAAGCCAGCGAUGCGGUGAUCUACCGGAGCUUAGGCGAGCGCAGCCCAGUGCUUCGGACGGUCCGAUACGAUUCCAAGUGGCUGCGAGAACCUCACUUCCUGCACGCUCUGGAAUAUGGGAAUUACGUCUAUUUCUUCUUCCGGGAGAUCUCCAUGGAAUAUACCACUUUGGGCCGAGUCAUCUUCUCCCGCGUGGGACGGGUGUGCAAGAACGACAUGGGAGGCUCCCCCCGGGUGCUUGAAAAAUACUGGACCUCAUUCCUCAAAGCUCGCCUCAACUGCUCGGUGCCUGGUGAUUCCUUCUUUUACUUUGAUGUUCUUCAGGCUGUCACUGACGUGACUCAGGUGAACGGCCGGGCUGCCAUCUUUGGGGUCUUCACUACCCAGUCCAACAGCAUCACUGGUUCAGCCGUAUGUGCCUUCUACAUGGAUGAAGUGGAGCGGGUCUUCAACGGCAAAUUCAAGGAGCAAAAGAAUGCGGAUUCAGCCUGGACUCCCAUCCCUGAGGAUAAAGUGCCAAAGCCCAGACCUGGCUGCUGUGCCGGCAUCGGCCAAGCCGCGGGCUACAGAACCUCCAACGAUUUCCCCGACGAGAUGCUGGGCUUCAUCAAAUCCUUUCCUCUGCUAGAUGAAGCUGUGCCAUCAGUCAUGGAGCAGCCAUGGUUCACCAAGACAAGCAGCAGGUACAAGCUGACCCGCUUGGCUGUGGACACGGCCGCCGGCCCCUUCCGAAACCACACGGUCCUCUUCCUGGGCUCGGAAGACGGCACCCUGCUGAAGGUGCUCUCCGGGGCCAGGCGGAACUCCUCGGUGGAGAUGGUGCUGUUGGAAGAGCUCUCUGUCUACAACCCGGCCUGGUGCAGCGUCAAAAAGGACGACCGGCGUGUUUUGGGGCUACAGCUGGACAAGGCAAACCACGCCCUCUAUGUGGCCUUCUCCGGCUGCGUGGUCCGUGUGCCACUCAGUCGCUGCGCUGCCUAUAGUGCCUGUCGGAGGAGCUGCCUGGCCUCCCGUGACCCAUAUUGUGUUUGGCUGAGCAGUGGGGCCUGCGUGGCAUUCAGCUCUGACAUCAGAAACGGAUUUGAACAAGACGUCAGAAAUGCAGCCAAGUACACGGGCAACUGUCAAGAUGUUGUAACAGCCACUGGGAACCAUGAUGGCACCAGCGACUCAGCAUAUGGAAAGACGCAGACCGCCACCACUGCCGCCGUACCCUUCCCAGAGGCACCCACGGGGUCCCAUUCUGCUAGCAUGGCUCCCGACCCCCACCUGGCCCCUGGUGCCGGGGAACCCCACUCCACCCUCCAUGUGGCUGUGAGCACCCAGGGAGUGAGGCAGGAAGCCGAGGGGAGAGAUGGCUCCAAGACGGUCCACUUCACCUUCCUGAUUGGCUGCAUUUUUGUGGCCUUCAUCUUGGGGGCCUUCCUUUCAGGCCUGUUCGUCUCCUGUUACUGCAACCACACCUUCCAGAAGGCAAAACUCGCCAGCAAAGACCCGGAGAACAGCAUCCAGCGCCCACUGUCUCUCCGGAGCUUGGCCAAGAUGAAUGGUCUGUUGGAGAACCAGGCCAAGGACGGCUUGAUGGAAGCCACCACACCCAAGCUGUACACCACGCUGCUGCCGAAUGAGAAAGAGCCUCCCAACAUGACCGCCAAAGCUGGUGUCAAAGAGCAUCCUGAGCUCUCCGGCUUGCCCACUCCGGAAUCCACUCCAGAGCUCCCGAUGAAGAACAUGAAAGCCAUCCGGAACCAGUGGGAGAAGAACCAGAACUUCAACAAUGCCAAGGAAUCUCAAGGAAAGGCGCCCUUGUUCCACAACCCUGUCCCCAACUCGCACGCCUUCCAGUUACCGAGCGCGAUGGUGCUCCCCAGCAACCUCCACGGCUACGACGCGCCACUGGCCGGCUACCUGGACGAGAAGAAGAUCUCGAAUUCCGAACGCGUCCUGGUGCGCCAUUCCCAGUGUUAUUUGCCGAAAGGGGUGGAAGUGACCACGCUGGAGGAGCUCCUGAAACAUCUCCACGAAAGCAACGGCUCCCCCAAGAAAGUUCAGGGGGGCGCCCUGUUGAACUUCCCGGCCGCCCUGCCCCACCCCACCGUCUCCUUCGCCAACCGGGUCCAACCCAAGAUCCCGGAUGUGGAGACCGCGCCGUACUACAGUUCAUCCACCUUGCCCAGGGACAGCCUGCCGCGGCGGCUGGAUGUUCCGCCGGACCCACCCCCUCCGGCCUGCCUGGAGAAGGCGGGCAGGCAUCCCACCCACAGACACUCGCUCUGCGUCGCCCCGAAGCUCGUGAACGUGGGCGGGGGCGGAGGCGGCGGGGUGCUCGUGCGGCACCACAGCCUCAGCCAGUCGGGGAGGCCGCCUCCGGCACUCCUCACCCGCAUGCAUUCCACGGGGACUUCGGUGCCCCAAGAAGGCCACGCCAUCUUCUUGUCCAGGCAGCCCAGUUAUGGGGACCAGGUCUCACUGCCCAGCCACGGAGGCAUCAAGCGGUCGGUCUCCAUGAUGAAGCCCGGUGUCCCUCCGAAACCCCUGUUCAUGCCUUCGUCUCCUCCAGCCCAGGCCUCUGGGCAAUUCAAUUACUGAGCCACUUUGGGGAAGGGCUGUUUCUCACCCCGACCCGGAGCUGUGGGCUGUGGGACUUCCGGCGCUAGGGGGCUCUCAUCGUGCCCUUUCAAACCUGGCUGCAGCUAGAGAAACCUCCCCUCGCCCCCUCCAGGACUACAAAUCCCAGCGUGCCUUGCAAUGGGGAGGGGCAUGCACAGCCGGAGAAAGGUGGGAGGGAAGCCCGGGGUGUUCGCGGUUUUCCAUUGGCUGCCUUCUGUUAUGGGCAGCUUCUGUGGCCUAUCCGGCCCUCCCGAUGAGCAUUUAGCAGCCUGAGAACAGAAUUGGGAGGCCAGGCCUGUGCCCUACUCAUGGCCUCAAGGGAAUUCCAGUGGGAAGAGAGGCAUAUAGGCAGGACAGUUUAGUUAUGCAAAUAAGGACAUCUGCAUAUAUGGAGAUUAGUUGCAUCUUCAGCCAGUUUUGCUUCCACAUAUUUUAAUGUUAAUUUUCCCCCAUGUCUGCUGUUAGCAAUGGAAGGUCAAUGGGUAGUCAGGAUCGAUUAAGAAGAGAGUAAAGAGGAAAGUGGCUAGAAAAGGUAGGGUAGGAAAACACAUAGUAGCCAUAAAAGAAGGCUACUGAGCCACACAGCACUCUGGGUCGCUACUGAAAGCCCUUCUCAGUCGCCUCCUGGUUUCCCCACGUUUUGGCCCUUCAGCUUCCAUCCUUUCUCUCGAUCAGCAUGAGGACUAGUGACUUGACUUUUCAAGAACAAAAAAGCUCUGUGGAAAUUUGAGUUGUGGGAUAUUGGACUUGAUACUUGCUGGCCAAAAAUCUUGGAUCAAGAGGCUGCACACAGGUUCUGCUAACUUGGGUCCCUGGCUUAGUUUUCAUCUUGGAUUGGCACUAUUGACCACUGAAAUAUUCACCUCCUCUUACUCCCCCAAAAUGGUGGCAGCUAGGACAGACUGGGAAGGCAUAAUUUCCCGACUUGGUAAGUUCCAGAUGAGAUUUCUUCCCAGACACGGAUGAGGCUUUCAGAGUAUGUUUUCCAAACACAGAACAACUCGGUGACCCUCACUGGGAAUGAAACCUGGCUUAUGGACCAGUUCAUCGGCACUUUUUGUUGGGACUAGAACGCAGCAGCGAUGUAGUAAUAGGGACUAUGCAAAGGCAUGCUGGUUGCGUCCUUCUGAAGAGGGGACCCUGGUCCCGAUCCACAUAGGCAGUGCCUCCCUACACCACCUCUUCGAGAAGACAAAUAUUCCACUCUGUGAGGAACCAGCAUUGCACGGAUUUCUUGAUGGUCCCUGCAAGAAUCGCUUCUUCCCUUCAUGGCAUCCUCAUCGCCUCGUAGAGGGAUCAAAUAACAUCCCUUUCCCCUUGGACUGUUGGUAGGUCCAGGAGUACAGAAUUGUCCCUACGAACAGUUCUUGGAUCUGCGCAUUCGCUGUCAGGCUUGAACCUUUGCUGGUUUUGGUCCUUGCCUUUGUGCUUCUCUUCCCGCAUGAUAUCAAGAUGGUCAGUGGCAUCCUUGUGCACUCUGUUGUUCUAGGGCGUUGGUUUUAUUUUGAACCAUUAGUAAACCCACCUUUGCAAUUCAGCUUGCGAAAGUUACUAGUCCACAAGCUUGUGGACUGAAUUUCAAGAUUAUCAGCCCACAUACACCUGUGCUGGUCGUCCAGUGGCAUGCCGACAGCCUGAAAGGAAGGGAGAGAAAACCUACUCGCUAUCCAUUUGCAAAAGGUUUUUCAUCCUGGCCGUCUCAAGGGGAGGUUAACUUUUCAGAGGUGUCCAAAAGCAUGGCUCUCAAAGGAGGGAGUAAGGGCCACUUUUCUCAUUUAUCAAAGAAGAUGGUUUUGAAAAUUUCUACCACAAACAAGAAGAAACGCUCUCUUGGGAGAUCUCAAGUAGGACUCCAAAGAUGUUUACAUAGAUGCCCGAUGCUCUUCUCGUGGAUUUGCUAACCAGUUCAGAAAAAGUGCUCCUAGAGAAGAGAUCCAGAGGUGGGGGGAGUCUGGAGUUGGUAGCCCCAAAGGACUCGGACUUUGCCGUGGACACAAGCGAGAAGCUUUGGCAAGCUCACAACCACCGGCGGGAGAGACUGUGCCACGAAGAAAAGUGUUCCAGUUUUUUUAAAAAAACAAAAAAACAAAAACCCAAGUGGAGAGUUUGGGCGUGCUCCUUGGAACGCUUUUUAAAAGCUUGUACAGAAAUAUAAAUAUGUAUGUAUAUAUAUAUAUAUAUAGAUUUCAUUGUUUUAACUUCCCAUAUGAGAAGUCAAAAACCAGAAAACGCAUUAAUCCUACUGUGUAGGAAACUAAACUGGUGCACCCAAGCCAAUAGUCCCCAAAGACUGUCAAUUGGGUAUCUGGAAGGACUUUCCAACUUGAUGCUUGAAAUAUAUAAUCUCUUUGUGUCCUGAAAA